GACCGGUUCCGGUGUACACCCACAGAGCCGUGUUGUGGCUGGGCUGGCUGGUGUCAAACCACAACCUCGAGAAAACCACACUCGUGCCGUGGAUCCCAGCAAAGCGCAUAUUCACAAGCUGGUAGUGUUAAACGUCUUGUUUUGAGUGUUUUAUGAUGGAUCCGCUGGUUGCUGCUAUAGACCAGGGCACGAGCUCGACGAGGUUUCUGGUGUUCAACGCAAAAACAGCUGAACUGAUGAGUCACCACCAAGUAGAGGUCAACCAGAGUUUCCCCAAGGAGGGCUGGGUGGAGGAGGAUCCCAAAGAGAUAAUGCAGUCUGUGUAUGAGUGCAUGGAGAGGACCUGUGAGAAACUCUGCCAGCUCAGCAUCAACAUCUCCAACAUAAAAGCGGUGGGGGUGACCAAUCAGAGAGAGACGACCCUGGUUUGGGACAAAGAGACCGGAGAGCCACUCUACAACGCCAUUGUUUGGCUGGACCUGCGCACACAGUCGACAGUGGAGGGUCUCAUUAACAAAGCUCCGGGCCAAAACAAGAACCACCUCAAGCACAAGACAGGCCUUCCCAUCAGCACCUACUUCAGUGCGGUGAAGCUCCGAUGGCUGAUUGACAACGUGGACGAAGUGCGACAAGCAGUGCAGGAUGAGCGCGCCAUGUUUGGCACAGUGGACUCCUGGAUCAUCUGGUGUCUGACGGGGGGAAAGAACGGAGGGGUUCACUGUACAGAUGUCUCAAAUGCUAGUCGCACCAUGCUCUUCAACAUUCACAGCAUGGACUGGGACCCUGAACUCUGCAGGUACUUUGAUGUCCCGAUGGAAAUCCUCCCCAAAGUCCGAAGCUCCUCUGAAAUAUACGGCUGGAUGAAAUCCAGCUCUCUCGCAGGAGUUCCAAUCUCUGGGUGUCUUGGCGACCAGUCGGCUGCACUGGUUGGUCAGAUGUGCUUCCAGGAAGGCCAGGCCAAAAACACGUAUGGGACUGGUUGCUUCCUGCUCAGAAAUACAGGGACCAAGCCUGUGAUGUCAGACCACGGCCUGCUGACCACGGUUGCUUACAAACUGGGAAAAGACGAUCCUGCCUGCUAUGCACUCGAGGGUUCUGUAGCCAUCGCAGGGGCGGUGGUGCGGUGGCUGAAGGACAACAUGGGCAUCGUGCAGUCUUCCUCAGAGAUCGAGAAGCUCGCAGCUGCAGCAGGCACAUCUUACGGCUGCUACUUUGUGCCGGCUUUCUCCGGGCUCUAUGCCCCCUACUGGGAGCCCAGUGCGAGAGGCAUCAUCUGUGGGCUCACUCAGUUCACCAACAGGAACCAUUUGGCUUUUGCUGCCCUGGAGGCCGUCUGCUUUCAGACCCGAGAGAUCCUUGAUGCGAUGAACCAGGACAGCGGUGUCCCUCUGACACAGCUGCAGGUGGAUGGAGGCAUGACGUCCAACAGGUUACUGAUGCAGCUGCAGGCCGACAUCCUCUGCAUACCCGUAGUGCGCCCCAGCAUGUCGGAGACCACAGCUCUGGGUGCAGCCAUGGCAGCGGGGGCAGCAGAGGGGGUGGGCGUGUGGAACCUGAGCCCCAGUCAUCUCCCACACGUCACAUCUGAGAAAUAUCAACCUCAGAUCAACUCUGACGAGAGUGAGUUUCGCUUUGCUCGUUGGAAGAAAGCCGUCCAGAGAUCCAUGAACUGGGAGACCACAGAGCCUUGCUGCAAUGCCAACGUUUUAGGAAAGAAGAUGAACGGCGCCCCGUGGGGGGUUCCUCCCAUCCCUCCUCCUACCAGAGCAGACCCCUAAGAUCACUGACUGUGGUACAGUACCUUCAUGGGAACAUGAAAACCUACUAUGGAGCAAGACUGGAAGAGGAAAUGUGCUCAUGGUGCAGUAUGCAGUCAUUGUGGGUGAUACAUAGCCUGCUAGAAGUAGUAUCCCCAUGGCUGUGACAUGACUGAAAAAACUGUUUAUCAACCUCAAGUGCCAGCCAGAAUGAAGACAGGCAACUGGAGCUUUUUGAAGCAACUAUGGAACCAUAUUUGAUGGAAUUUAUUGGGUCUUCCUUUUCUGAAAAAGGGGAAAGUGUUCUUAAACCCUCCUUUUUAAUUAUGGAUUUGCCUUAUUCACCUUAUAAAAUAGGGGAACUCUUGUUCGUAGUCUGAAAUAACUAUUGUACCUCAUCACUGUAACAAAAGGGGAUACGGUACUUUUUUUUUUCUAUUUGUUCUGUACAUAGCGUUGAUGUGUUUGUGCUUUUGGGAUGUACGAGAUUAGUGGGACUAAUUCUGUUCUUGGUGAAAAAAAGGUGGUGGGGUUUGAUCGGGGAGGAACUUAAGGAGUCACACAUUUGGUUAUUGGAGUUAAAAUAAUUUCCUAUAUUUUUACGUUUCUUUUGUUGUUGGAUUGAGUGGGGUCUAUACGAGCUGAAACUUCGCAGGCUCACAACAGCACUUGAUAAUGUAUCAUGUGUAUGGAGAGGGUCACUGUAGGAACCAUGCAGGUUUUUAAGGGGAAAUACUGUUUUUAGGAAGAGAUGUUCAUCAUUACAUCAGUGCUAAGACUAAAGGGAAACCCACUUACAGUCCCAUCGUGCGAAGUCAAAGCAACAUGGUAAAUUUAAAUUUUAUAUCACGUCAUAUGUAAGCACAAGCUUUUUAGAUCUGAGCUAUCAUACACAUCUUGGGAGCUCACUUUAAUUUAGAAUAAAACUCAAAAUUAAGUUAUGUUUUCUUAGUUUUU